AAUCGCUGCAAUGGUUCUACCUCUGAAGAUCACCACGCAUGCUUGCAGUGCUUACUUACACUUUGCAAAGAUGGUGCCUUGCGUCAUAACACAGAUGCAUCUCUUCAACCAUGCUUUGUAUUCAAGUCUAACGCCCUUCUAAACAAUUCAGAUCCUCAAAUAUCGUCAGCCGUGGCAUCAGUUCUCUUCAUGGGCAUAGGCGGAUAGGAUCCCGAAAUCGAUAUCCCACCGAAUGCCACAGCACACGAGCUAGAUGCUGCCAUAAACAAAGGAGUCGAGGCGAUGACCAACGCUGGCUAUAAGGUAAAUCUAUUCUUGCCGCCUAUUAUGGCAGGCAUCGCGGCCCUCCAGGAGGAGUUACAAAUGACCAAAUACGAUCUGGUACUUGUUAGUCUUGGUAUCAGGAUUGUAGCUAAGCAUACGCCGUACUUCGAAGGGAUCAUCAACACCGUGUUGAAAUACAAUCCAGGCCAGAGAUUUACGUUCAACGCGAGUUUGGAGAGUACGCUUGAGGCUGCACAGCGGGCACUACCUUUGUAGAUGCCGGCCGUUCAUACUGCAAGGGGAGAUGUCUGAGGUUGGUCAUGGUCGGACGAGCCGUGCAAGUCUACCUUGAAAUGCAAUUGUUCGAGUAUAUAGUAGCUUUGAUGAAAGAUUGGACGUUGGAUGUAUGGCGAGGAUCCUUGAACCACAGUCGGAAUACAGCACGAUCUAGUGAUAGAAGUACUGAAACUAUACCUCGAGUUAGCACUUUCUAUCUUAG